UUGGUUAAAUAAAUGAAAUGAAGAACACCUAAUUCUCAUACAAACAUGAAAUACUUAAUGUUUUGAGAGUUAUUGAGGUAGCAUGUGUCAAGAUCUUCUUUGCCAUGUAAGUGAUGUGUCAACCUUUAUCUUCACAGCUAAGUAGUUGACUUGUUGAAUGGUCAUUUGCGUGUAAGGUUAUUAUUGCUUUAAAAAGUGAACACUUGAAAAAUAAAAUGGUCUCCUUUUGGAAGAUUGUGGGAUUUUAGUAAUUAUUUGGAUCACUUAUUGCAUAUGAGCGACAAUAGAGUAGAAAAACAAAAGUCAGGAAAUGGAGAAAAGGGCAGAGAAGCGAAGGAUUGUGUUAGUUCCAGUUGCUGCACAAGGUCACGUUACUCAAAUGAUGCAGCUUGGAAAAGCCCUUCAGUUACAAGGCUUCUCAAUUACUGUAGCUCAGAGACAGUUGACGCAAAUAAGCUUCUCAUCGCAACUUUUUCCUGGUUUUGACUUUGUCACCAUACCAGAGAGCUUACCUCAGUCUAAAUCUAAGAAACUAGGACCAGCUGAGUAUCUGAUGAAGCUUAACAAAACAAGCGAGGCAAGCUUCAAGGAGUGUAUAAGUCAGUUAUUGAUGCAACAAGGCAAUGAUAUAGCAUGUAUCAUCUAUGACAAGCUUAUGUACUUUUGUCAAGCUGCAGCUAAAGAGUUUAAGCUUCCUAGUGUCAUAUUCAGUACUAGCAGUGCUACAAUUCAAGUUUGCUACUGUGUUUUAAGUAAACUCAAUGCCGAGAAGUUCUUGAUCGACAUGAAAGAUCCUGAAAUGCAAGACAAGGUAUUGGAAGGUUUGCAUCCUUUAAGAUACAAAGACUUACCAACUUCAGGAUUUGGACCAUUAGGACCACUUUUGGAGAUGUGUAGGGAAGUAGUUAACAAAAGAACAGCUUCCGCUAUUAUCAUCAAUACUGCGAGCUGUCUAGAGAGCUUAUCUCUGUCAUGGCUGCAACAAGAACUUGGAAUUCUAGUGUACGCGUUAGGCCCUCUUCACAUUACAGCUUCAUCGCCUGGACCGACUUUACUGCAAGAGGACAAGAGCUGUGUUGAAUGGCUGAACAAGCAGAAACCAAGGUCAGUGAUAUACAUAUGCUUGGGAAGCAAAGCGCACAUGGAAACCAUGGAGAUGUUAGAGAUGGCUUGGGGGUUGUGUAAUAGCAACCAACCUUUCUUAUGGGUCAUCCGACCUGGCUCUGUCGCUGGCUCCGAGUGGAUCGAGUCAUUGCCAGAGGAAAUCAGUAAGAUGAUCACAGAAAGAGGGUACAUUGUGAAAUGGGCACCUCAAAUAGAAGUACUAGGACAUCCUGCAGUGGGAGGCUUCUGGAGCCACUGUGGAUGGAACUCAACACUUGAGAGUAUUGCGGAAGGAGUCCCAAUGAUUUGUAGGCCUUUACAAGGCGAACAGAAGUUAAAUGCAAUGUAUAUAGAAAGUGUUUGGAGAAUAGGGAUUCUGCUUCAAGGUGAAGUGGAAAGAGGCGGUGUAGAGAGAGCUGUGAAGAGGUUGAUCAUGGAUGAAGAAGGUGCAGGAAUGAGGGAGAGGGCUCUUGAUCUAAAAGAGAAGCUCAAAGCCUCUGUAAGAAGUGGAGGCUCCUCAUACAACGCAUUGGGUGAGCUUGUCAAGUUCUUGAAUACUGAGUGAAGAUGCUGAGCUUCAUAUAUUAUAAAAGAACUUUGAUAAUAAGGGAACUCUAUGUGGACAGCAAAAAAUGUUUACUUUCUUUGGAAUAUUAAUUAUUAUUGUAUCAAUUAUAAGAGA